GCAAGUUGCUUUCUUCCUCGGCCGCCUUCCUUAGGGUUUACAGUCGUUCGCUUCCGCUCGCGAGCACCCGCAUUUCCGCCCCCCGCCAUCUCCCUCUUCCUUCCUCUCUCGAGCUUCGGCCCGUCCUAGGUUAAAGCAAAGCUCCGCCAUGGCUCGCGGCGGGCUGUAGGGUUUCGCGGUUGCUGUCUGGUUGCGCCGGCGGUCGAGGUCCGAGAGGAAGGCGAGAGCUCCUUGAGGUAGAGAGAGAGAGAGAGAGAGAGAUGGCGACCGCGAACCCUUUCGACAUCCUCGGUGACGACGACAAUGAGGACCCCAGCCAGCUCCUCGCCGCCGCCGCCGCCGCCGCCGCCGCCAAGCCGGCCGAGAAGCCGAAGAAGGGCCCGGCCCAGGCCGCCGCCCCACCGUCGAAGCCGGCCGCCAAGCUGCCCUCCAAGCCGCUCCCCCCUGCUCAAGCUGUGAAGGAAGCAAGGAGUGACACUGGUGGGCGCGGACGUGGUCGUGGAGGUGGUCGGGGUUACGGCCGUGGCCGUGGAGGCGGUCGUGGCUAUGACCAAGAUUCAGGGAACUACGAUGGACCAGCUGGCAAUAAUGGUUUUUCUGGUGGUUAUAGACCCUCGGAGGAAGGAGAUUCUGGAAAAUCAUCUGAAAGGGGUGGUCGUGGCUUUUUCCGCGGAGGUCGCCCUGGUGGUUAUAACAAUGAAGAAGCUGGUGAGGGGGAGCGUCCAAGGAGAGCGUUUGAUCGCCGCAGUGGCACUGGACGAGGAAAUGAGACUAAACGAGAUGGAGCUGGUCGUGGAAACUGGGGAGCUCCAACUGAUGAAAUUGCUCCAGAGACUGAAGAACCUGUCACUGAAGUUGAGAAAACUGGGGGUUCUGAGAAGCAGUUGGCUGGUGAGGAUGGUGCAGAUGCUAGCAAGGAGAAACCUCUGAAUGAACCAGAAGAAAAGGAGCCUGAAGAUAAGGAGAUGACAUUAGAAGAGUAUGAGAAGGUCUUUGAAGAGAACAGGAAGUCAUUGCUUGCACUGAAGACUGAGGAAAGGAAAGUAGAGCUGGACAAAGAUUUGAAGUCCAUGCAACAACUUUCUAACAAGAAGAAGGACAACAAUGACAUCUUUAUCAAGCUGGGAUCUGAGAAGGACAAACGCAAAGAGGCUGCUGAGAAAGAAGAGAAAGCCAAGAAGUCUGUCAGCAUAAAUGAGUUUCUGAAGCCUGCUGAAGGGGAGAGAUACUACAACCCGGGUGGUCGUGGGCGAGGACGUGGCCGUGGUGCCAGAGGUGGUUAUGGCGGUGGCGGUGGCGGUGGCGGUGGCGGUGGCGGUGGCUAUGCUAGAGAUGUCUCUGCUCCUUCGAUCGAGGAUCCUGGCCAGUUCCCUUCCCUUGGUGGGAAAUAAGGUUUUGCCACCGCAUAUACUUCAGGUUGAUAUACUUCAUGCUUGAAGUUGUUGUGACCUUCCAGGACAGUUGGGUAUGAACGGGAAUGCUAUUCUUCCUGUAAUAGAAACCUUUGGAUGGAUGUUAUUCGUCUUUUUGAGUGUAAAAAUUUUAGUUACUCCAUGGAUUUACUUUGGUUUUCUUUUGACUCGAAUCAGUUUUGAUUUUGUUAGAUGAGAAUGAAUUUAGCCUCUUACGCGAC